GGGCAAAGCAGCAAUAGCAUCUCACUCAGUGUUCCCAAGCAUCGUCACAGCUCAGCGAUGCCUUUCGGACUCGGUAGACCCAGCAGAAAGCCGAGCACCGUCGCUUAUGAUCGUCAGUUGAGUGCACAUCAGUCUGAAGCACCGAUCAACUACAGCAAUGGGCAUGCCAAGCUUGCCCAAGCGCUGUCAAGCUCGACCAGAUCAGCACCGGAAAGGCAAUCGCCAAGGAGGUUGAGCGACGGUCUGCGCAACCUGUUUCGCAAGCCGACAUCAAGUCGCAGUGCUAGUGCUGGCCUGUCUGAGUCGGCCCCAUCGACUGAAAGCGAGCCAUCCUCGGCGCUGUCGGAUGAGACGAUGACCACACUUGUCGAUGAUCACGUCGUCACCUUGCCCGCACGGCCGUCUUCACGUGCGACACUCAGAUCUAGCAUACCUGGCUUCGGAAGACGGCGAAGCAGCGGACAAGCUUCUGCUGGGUCGGACAGGUCUGCGCAAGCUCGUCCGCCGCUCAGAAAGGGCGAGUCGAGCUUUGCAGUCAAGUCAGUCCGCAAUAUUGCUAGAGUCAACGAGGGAGAAGCGACUCCUGAUCAUCAGAACACUCAUCCUGCUUUCGUAGCUCAGGCCAGCAGGCCCACCACUCCCGUACCGACGAGUCCUGCCACAAUCUCCGUGGCAGCUUUCCGCUCUGCUCAAGCUAUGCGAUCUGCUUCCUCACUGAGAUCUUUCUCCAGCACGUCAUUGCACGAAGGCUGGGCGGAAGGAGAACCACCCUCCUGGUCGAGACGACCUUCUGAUGCUCGCACGACUCGGCCAUCACUCUCUGUGCUCACGGGAGAUCCUCAUCCACGCUCGCAUGACAGGCUUAACGCAAGUCCAGCAACUUCUAGACCAGGCUCAUACAUGGCUGACACCGCUAGUCCGCGUGUGAACAAGUUCACUCUGGCGCCUUUGCGGUCGCCGGAAGAGGAGCGCGAGGCUGCUCAAGCUUUUGCUAACGCUUUCCCUAUCCAACCCAAAGCGAUGCGAUCCGCGUCUACUCCAGCGAUAUCGACACCUCCUCCGGCUCUUCUGGCGCCUCAACCCAUACGACCGAUGAUGGAUCGACCUGUUCUCGUCUAUCGCGAGCCUACUUCGCCCAGGAUGAGCGAGUUUGAUGGCGUAUCCGAAGAGGAUGAGCAAGAGCAUCUCUCUGAUCAGUCUAUUACGCCAAUGUCGGAAAGUUCCAGCUGCGAUAGCUUAGACGAGGCAGCUGUCGAAAGGCAUAGAAGGAAACACAUCGUCAUCCCGCCACCGCGACCGCCCAGUCGCAAUCGAUCUCCUGGCAGUCAGUCGCUUCAGUAUCCCAAUGCACGCACCAGACAAUCCUCUAUGGAGCCUUCAGAGGACGACGAGGUGCCGCUCGCUUUCCUCGCGAGUAAGCCACGUACGCGCACGCAAACUGCACCCGCAGAGGUGUCGCUUUCUGCCCCUCAAGCCGGUCUUCAGUCGGCUUCGACCAUCGGACUCGGCUUACCUCCGCAUCUCGCCUCGCGCGGCUCCAGGUCGCCAUCCUACGACAGCAAGCCAAAAGUAUCUUCUAGGCUAGCGUCUGCUCCAGAUGCGGGCGCAAGCAAGCCUCGGGGUCCCCGAGCACGACCUGCAUCAUUCCACGCAUCACAGCUCUUGCAGCAAGUCACGCUGCCGGCACAUCUCUUGACACCGACUCAUUUGCCGCCAGAAGUCGACGAGAUUGUUUUGCCGCCCAGGCCAAGUGAGGUCGAUCUACCGCAAGCGCAUCAUCGCCGCACAAGCAGUUUCGGGGGCGGAAUACCUUCUCCGUUCGCGCCUCCGACCAGGCCUGCUACAGCUACAGGCUUUGCAUCGACCACAAACAGUGCGCCCCUUGGAAAGUCUACGAUGGAGCUGCGAUGGGCGGAGAUGAACAAGCGCUUACAGCAACGGGCCGAUCUGUCCGUGCACCACACGACUAUUGUAUGA